CGGAAAUUGGGAUUGAUUGCAUCUCAUUUUUUCUGCCUCCUCGUCCUCUGCUUUCUGAGCACUCUGUUCCGAUCCUCCAAUUUCUUGUGCUGUGUCUUUCUAACUUCACAUACAAAUCAUUCAAAGAAAGAAUCGUCGGCCAUUUGUUUCCAUGACUACCAUUCUGCAUUCCUCUUGCAAGUUUUCAGUUUAACCUGCUUUCCUGCAUUUUCAGCAAUAGUUUCAUCAAGCUUGCUUUGAUAUUUCCAAAAAAAAAAAAAUCGCUACUCUUCUUCUCCAUCCAGUUUCGAGGCUUUGGUUUUCUGCUGGGUGUCUAGUUUAUAUAUACACAUAAACAAUUUCAAAAAAGAAAAAAAAAGUUUGUGUUUUUCAUUUAUGAGUCUCUUUUGUUGUCACUCUUCUUUCGUUUGAAUUUGAGUUGUUAUCUUCUUGUCAGUCUCAAAAAAAAAAAAAAAAACUAUUGUACUGUCUUUCUGUAUUUCAUCUCAUCGGAACUGUGAGAGAAAAAGUUGAUUUGGAGAUUUCUUUCCUUGCUGUUGUUCUUGUGCGUAUAUGAAAUUCGUGGGUUUUCUUAUGAUCUUUCAUAUAUAACAAUCAACAAAAAAAGGAAAUUGUGCUCUCAAAGUUUUGGUACUGUCUACGUCUGCAUUUGUGAGAGGCAAGAGAAGUGGUGUUGCUGAUCGUGAAGUGAAAGAGGUAAAGGCUUCUGAAGCAACAGAACUUUACUUGAUACUCAAAUCGGCGGCUAAACAUCCACACAACCCCAACAUCGAUCACCUCUCAUUCGCAUUGGCUAUUGGUUUAAUUGGUCAACAGAUUUCUUAAAAAACGUUGAGCAAACGUAUCCGUGGAGGAGAGGAGAAGCGAGAGCUAAAUCCGAAAACAAGAAUGGAGACUCUCAUAAGUACCAUUGCUGAAAAAGUUGUAGAACCGAUAGUAGACUACACUGUGGCACCCAUUGCAAGGCAAGUGGGUUAUUUGAUUUUCUACAAAGACAAUUUCACGAAUCUCAAGGAUCAGCUUGCGGAGCUCAAGACCAUAAAGGAAACUAUCAAUCGUGAAGUGGAAGCAGAAAGAAGAAAUGGAUAUCAAAUUAAUGAUGCUGUAAAGAACUGGCUAGAGAAAGUGGAUGAAACCAUUGAAGCAGCCAAAAAACUUAGUGAUGAUCCUCAUCAUAGUAAUGCUGGUUGCUGCAGGGGGCCUUUUCCUGAUUUAAAGUCACGGCAUCAACUAAGUAGAAAAGCAAAGAAAAUGUCUAGAAACGUUGAUGAAGUAAUGCAAAGAAAAGACAAUAUUAAACCGCUUGGAUACUUGCCUGCUUUAGAAGGAGUAGGCUCCACUUCCGCUACGAGUAGUGAGAAGCUUGAGUCAAGAAAGAAAAUGAAGGAGGACAUUGUCUUGGCUCUAAAAGACCCUAACUUAAGCCAGGUAGGGGUCUAUGGGCUUGGUGGAGUGGGAAAAACCACUCUAGUUAAAGAAAUUGCUAAACAAGUCAAAGAUGAGAAUUUGUUUGAUGAAGUUGUAAUGGCUCAUAUAUCCCAAACUCCAGAUCUAGAAAAAAUUCAACGUGAAAUUGCAGAUUUUUUGGGCCUUCGCUUUGAAGAGACAACUAUAGUUGGAAGAGCAAGUCGCCUCCGGCAAAGGAUUAAAAGUGAGAAAAGUAUCCUAGUCAUAUUGGAUGAUCUUUGGUCAACACUUGAUUUAGAUAAGCUAGGAAUUUCUUUGAAGGAUCACAAGGGAUGCAAACUAUUGUUGACUUCGAGGAAUCUAGAUAUAUUACAAAAAAUGGAGACACAAAAAGACUUCUUGGUAGAUGUUUUAAAUGAAGAUGAGUCUUGGAGCUUGUUUGAAGAUAUGGUGGGUGAUGUUGUUAAAGAUGAUAAUUUGCGUAGCGUGGCAAUUCAAGUGGCCCAAAAAUGUGCAGGCUUGCCUGUCCUUACAGUGAUAGUGGCAAGAGCAUUAAAAAAUAAAGGUAGUAUUAAUUCUUGGAAGGAUUCUUUAAACCAACUAAAGACUGUUGAUAAGGAAGGAAUGAAUGGGAUAAUUUAUUCGGCUCUGGAGUUUAGUUACAAUCAUCUUGAGAAUGAUGAACUGAAGGCACUUUUCUUGCUCUGUGGAGUCAUAAGUUCAUCAUCAAAUGAAUACUUGAUGAAAUGUGCUAUAGGUCUGGGCAUAUUCAAGCACGUUACUACAUAAAAGA